AUGCUGUGUGCUGGUGUUGUGCGUCGUGUUGCUGUGAGGUCGUUGGCGAGUGCUGCUGGGGUUGGGGCUGCUGGUUCUGUGGCGCCGCGGUUGAAGACUUUCAAGAUUUACAGGUGGAACCCGGAUGUGCCCGAGAAGAAGCCGCGGCUGCAGUCGUUCCAGGUGGACUUGAACGAGUGUGGGCCCAUGGUGCUGGAUGCGCUGUUGAAGAUUAAGGACGAGCAGGACCCGACGCUGACCUUCAGAAGGUCCUGCCGGGAGGGGAUCUGCGGUUCGUGUGCGAUGAAUAUCGGUGGGAGUAACACGCUAGCGUGUCUGUGCAAGAUUGACCAGAACGAGUCCAAACAGCUCAAGAUCUACCCUCUGCCACACAUGUACAUAGUGAAGGAUCUGGUCCCCGACUUGACGAACUUUUACCAACAGUAUAAGUCCAUCCAACCUUACUUGCAGAGAACUUCGUACCCGGAGGACGGGAAGGAAGUGUUGCAAAGUAUUGAGGAUCGUAAGAAACUGGACGGUCUGUAUGAGUGUAUCUUGUGUGCCUGCUGUUCCACUUCGUGCCCAAGUUACUGGUGGAAUCAGGAGGAGUAUCUCGGGCCAGCAGUGUUGAUGCAAGCGUACAGGUGGCUCAUAGACUCGAGGGAUCAGGCAACGAAGCAUAGAAAGACGAUGUUGCAGAACUCGAUGUCCCUGUACAGGUGCCACACUAUCAUGAACUGUACUAGAACGUGUCCUAAGGGGCUAAAUCCGGGGCUUGCGAUCGCAGAGAUCAAAAAAUCAAUGGCCUUUACUUGA